AUGGCUGAUCAACGGUUGCGCAAUGUGGGGGUUGCGGCCCUUGCGGCUGUGUCUCAGUACCCACGUGCUGUUAACGAGGAGAAUAGCUCUUUCCUUGUGUCCGAGGUCGUGAACGCCGUGACAGGUGAUUUCCACACGAGCCCGGCGUUCGAUUUCUCGACCCGUUCCCGGUCCCCGGGUUGUACUGACAGCGACAUGGUCAUGGAAAGUGCUUUCCUGAGCCCAGAGGGCUCAAAUGAUGACGACACCACCAUGAAGGAUACAUACGAACCUAUCGAACAUCAUCCGUCAACCGCUGAUUCGGACGACGACUUAGACUUGUUGCAUUUUUACCCCGGCGAGGAACAUGUUUACCGCCGUGAUAUAUGGAUACCGGAAGCUGAUAUCAACCUUGAUGAUUUCUAUCAGCGGGUCAAUUACGAUACUCCCGAUAUCAACCCCGAGGCGGCAGCAGACACGACGGAAUCUUUUCCGGACGAGUCAGGAAUAGGUGAACUCCAUCCUACAUCUAUCAUUCAUACAGCGACAUACGAACGAAACCUCACUGUAGACGAGUUCAUCCAACGAUGGGUGAUUCAGACAACACCCAUCCACCGAGGGGUUCACGCUGAAAAUCGAGCGCCCCCAGUACUGCAUGAUGAACUGGAACCCCCGCUGAGCAUCCGUCGACCUCACAUUUACGAACGGGGUGUCUUCGACCUGCAGCAGAUUCCAUGGGCGGAUAUCCUGAAGGUGAAGCGAUCUGACGCCCGCUCGCUCCGCGACGCUUGGUAUACCUCGUACCAUAACCUCGAUUACCAUUAUAUCUGCGAUGCAGCCCAGCUGCAAUCGACGGAAACAUUUUUCCGAGAAAAGGCCAUGCAUACCGCGCACAAAGCCAGUAUCGAGCACUUCCAACUUCGCAAUCUCAUGUCUGUGCCGGCCUACAACACCGUGCAUUUCGCUAGUCGCUCGAAGAUCUACUCGUGGACACCAGACUACGACAGCAUCCGCUGCUUAAUUGACCUCGAGCGUCCAGGCUCCGACGCCCCAUUCCUAGGCCCCGUCAAAAUCUCCAGCAUGAAAACAGCCCACGGGCUUACAAUCGCAGGUGGAUUCUGCGGCGAAUACGCCUUAGCUGCAGACGAAGGAGCGGGGGCAAAGGGCCUGGUGACCCCCGACCCCAGCGACGGCAUUACGAACCACGUGGAUGUCGUUCCCAACCGGACCGGCCGGUCUCCAAUCUGCGUGUUUGCCUCUAACGAUCGCCACCUUCGCGUGCUGGACUGCGAGACAAAUGUCUUCCUCUCAGACCAGACCAUGUCCCGCCCAAUCAACUGCACCGCUACUUCCCCAGACACCAGACUACGGGUCGUGAUCGGCGACUCCCCAGACGCAUGGGUCAUCGAAGCAGACACGGGCCGCCCAGUGCACCCCCUCCGCGGCCACCGCGACUUCGGCUUCGCCUGCGCCUGGUCUCCAGACAUGCGCCACAUCGCAACAAGUAAUCAAGACAAAACAGUCCGGAUCUGGGACGCGCGCACCUGGCGCAUCCUCGAAACGAUAGACUCCGACGUCGCAGGCUACCGCUCUCUCCGCUUCUCGCCUGUAGGCGGUGGCCCCCGCACACUCCUCUGCAGCGAGCCAGCCGACCGCAUCUCAAUCCUCGAUGCCCAGCUCUUCCAGUCGCGCCAGGUGCACGACUUCUUCGGCGAAAUCGGCGGCGCGGACUACUCGCCCGACGGCUCAACGAUCUGGGUCGCAAAUACUGAUCCGCAUCUAGGGGGGUUCAUGCAGUAUGAGCGGCGCCAGUGGAACGCGCCGGCUGGAGUUGUUGAACUUCCGAAUGAAUGGGGUCGAGAGGCUGAUUUGGAUGGGCGGUGUAUGACUAGUGCGAAGGAGAGGCAAUUACGCUUUUUGCGAAACCUGUCUGAUGAGGAACACGAUUCGUUUUUAUUCUAG